AAGAGAGUGAGGGAGAGUGCUGUUCAUGAUGACAGAGCUGAGAAACAGCUGAGAAUGUCUGAAGUUGCAAUCAAGGGAGAAACGAGAAGGAAGGAAGGCUUUUUGGAUUGUGUGUCUUUUUGUAUUAAAGGUCAACUUUAGGCACAAACUACUUUCUCAAUUUUCAAAAAACAAAUGAGGAUUUGUUUUUGGGCGAAAGCUGUAGAGAUCGGUAGAGGUGUGUCCACAGCAGAUGACGGAAGAUGUUGGCUAUGAACCAAGGAGUGGUGGAGGAAUGGCUGUCAGAGUUUAAGACCCUUCCUGACAGUGCAGUGUCCAGCUACGCAGCGUCUCUGAAGGAGAAAGGCUCCCUGGUCCCAGCGCUCUACAAAGUCAUCAGAGAGAACUACAGUGACCUGUUGGAACCCGUGUGUCACCAGCUGUUUGAGUUCUACCGUAGCGGGGAGCUUUGGCUACAGCGGUUUGUGCUCCAGUUCCUCCCUGAGCUGCUCUGGUCCCUCCUCCUGGCUCCGUCUGCAGCCAGGGACCCACACACCUCAGGCUGUAUAGAGGCCCUGCUACUGGGGAUAUACAACCUGGAGAUCGUAGAUAAGGAUGGACAGAGUAAAGUCCUCUCUUUCACUGUCCCCUCCCUCUCCAAACCCUCAGUCUACCACGAGCCCUCCCACAUUGGCUCCCUGGCGUUGACUGAAGGGGCUUUAGCCAAUCACGGGCUGAGUAGAGUGGUGUACAGCGGGCCUCACCUACAGAGAGAAACCUUCACUGCUCAGAACAGGUUCGAGGUGCUGACCUUCCUGCUGCUGAGUUACAAUGCGUCCCUCAGUUACAUGUCCUCCUCCUCUCUGCAGUCCCUCUGCCAGCUCAGCUCCAGGGUGUGUAUCUGUGGUUUCCCACGACAACAUUUGAGGAGGUAUAAAGGUAUCAGCUCUCGUCUGACUGUCACCUCUGAGUUCCUGGUUCAACUCGUCACUGGGAUACACUACGCACUGUGUAAUGGGGAGAUGGACCUGGGUUCCAAGGCGCUGGAUGAUGUUCUGUACCGAGCUCAGCUAGAAUUGUUCCCUGAAGCUCUACUGGUGGGUAAUGCCAUCAAGUCCUCUCAACAGUGUGCAGCGCUGAAGUCUGGCGCUAGCAAAGAAGGAACGCGCAUCAUUCAGGUGGAGAUGACUCCUACUUCCUCUAGGAUCUCACGGAACGCAGUCACAUCACUCUCUAUCAGAGGACAUCGCUGGAAACGACAUGAUGCAGUGGAUUUGGGUUCCCCGGACGAGUUGAUGGAUAUCUCGGAAGUGGAUGAAGGGGUGUGGCCUAAAAGAGGGUCCGGCCCAGACUACCUGACUCCGCCCACCAUUACUAUCAGCAACAGUAUCACCCCUGGGGUGGGAGGGACCAAGACAGGAAGCAGGAAGUGGCAUUUAGGUGGACGGUCGCAUAAGGAGAAGGAGACUUGUACUCCAGGGGGGCAGGCUUUGAUCGAGAACCUGGAUCUGUCAAUCAAACGUCUGACGCUGACGUCCAGCCAAUCGGUGCCCAAGGGGCCAAGCCAUAGCGCUCUGAGCAGCCUAUCGCGUACAGCCAGCGCCGUGUUCUCCCGCUCCUUCGAAGGAAACAACACUGGAUGUAAUCGUGGUAACCCAGAGGCUGGCCGCUAUUCAUGCAGUGGCAGUCUACAGGAGGAGGAGCUAGGCUAUAUAAGCCCCUCCCACACCCAGCGCUCGCCAAGCAUCAGGGUGCACUUUAGGAGUGACCUGUGAACCCUGAUAUUUAAAACUUGACUUCUCACCACCCAUCUAAACCCUCUAACCCCAUGCCCCUGUACCUUUUGAUCUGGACUCCCAGCCUGCCAGUGGGACUGGAACCCAAACUCAUUAACACAUGCCCUCCCUUCUUUCCUCUCCACACCAUUCUUCAUCUCCCCCACCUCUUCUUCUCCAGUGGACAGCUUCCCACCUCCAAAGGCCGGCUCCUCUCCUCCCCCUCCUCUCUCCCCAAAGCAAGAGCCUGGUGUGAGAGAGCCGGGACCCUGGGUCCAGCCCUCAUCCCUGGAGUUACUGAACCACCCCCCCACCCCCCUGGUGGUAACUAGACAGAACUGCAGACUGGACAGAGUGACUCAAAAACAACUGUUUUUGUAAAAGGUUUGGAAAUUGAGUAUUUAAAAAAACUCCUGUUUGUCCUGCUUGACUUUCCAUACAUCCCUCCUGACCUGUGUGUGUGUGUGUGUGUGUGUGUGUGUGUGUGUGUGUGUGUGUGUGUGUGUGUGUGUGUGUGUGUGUGUGUGUGUGUGUGUGUGUGUGUGUGUGAGAGAGAUAAUGAAUAGGAGAGUUUAGAGCCCCCAUCCCCUUCCACUCUGCACCCCAAUGGUAAUCCUGUACUCCUACCCAUCAUGCACUAGGGUUUGAACAACCCCAACACAAUGCCAAGUUCACACUCCUGUUGCCAUAGCAUCCCACGAAACAAUUAAACGACAGAUUGCUAAAUUGUAGAACCCCCCCCCCCCCAAAAAAAAAAUGAUGAAUUGUCGUAAAUGUCUGAAAAGUAUUGAUUGUUAUAGAGGGUUUGUGUGUUUCAGAUCAAUAAGUUGAUUGAUGUUAUCCUAUUAGAAGCAAUAUUUUCUCACUGAUCUCAUCAAUAAACAAGCUUAUUGGGGUUUGUGUGUUUCAGAUCAAUAAGUUGAUUGGGGUGGAUUUGUUUUAAUGCUUUGUUUUGAUGAUGUAUGAACUGCUUUUGUAAACUGUGGUAUGUUCUAAUGACGAAGAGGGAGACUAGUUUUUUUUUUUUUUUAAAGAUACACUUGAUGGUGGUGUCAUAUUGCGGAGUGUAACGGUGGAUCCCAAACCCUCGCCCCAGCCAACUCGCUUGGAUGACCCUCCGUUUGUCACAUGUUGCUUUCAAAAGAGUGGCGAGAGUGAUGUCCAGAGAAUGGCGAGGGAACACUGAACCCAUCGACUUCGGGACACGCUCGUGACUUGAACAACGUAAUUCAUGUUCCACAUUUUAAAUAAUAAAAUGAGCAUGAUAUUUUAAAUGAACAAAUCCCCCUGUUUUUUUUACAAGAUGUAUAAACCUCAGUAACAGUUAAAUGUUUCAUUUGUGAGGUUUUUCAUCUGUUACAUGUGUCAAUAAGGCAUACAAACAACUGCAAAGGGACUUAUAAUUGGGCACGCCUCUCCAGUCUUUUGUAUCAAAUUGCAAACAUAUCGCGGUGUGUGUCGGGAUAGCACUUCGCUCUGCAGCCUUGCUGGCUUGGCCAACGUGGCUCUCCGAGGGUCUAAUUAGCCCCUACCCCCUUGAUUAAUUUUCACUCCCUCAGCUUUGGGACACUUGUGCAUACAGUAUGGCAGAGGCAUGUGUGAACACUCGAAUGAAGGGAGUGAUUCAGCUUAUGUAGUAGCAGGAAGUCACCCCACCGUGUAUGCUGAUGUCAUAUUGCAGAGUCGACCUUUUAACUGUGGUGUUCUAUGUACAGCAGACCAAGUCCGGUUAUAAAUGUGGCAUUUUCCUACGAGACAGAUAGUUGUUGUUUUAGCAGUGUUGAAUCCCUUCAGUGUUAAUGCACAAGAAAACACAACCCUGCACGACCACCAUCCCAAACAUACCCUGGGCUUAGGAGGAGCGGCUAUAGGGGCGGCUAGGGAGGAGUGGCUAGGGAGGAGUGGCUAUAGGGGCAAGGGAGGAGUGGCUAGGGAGGAGUGGCUAUAGGGGCGGCUAGGGAGGAGUGGCUAUAGGGGCGGCUAGGGAGGAGUGGCUAUAGGGGCGGCUAGGGAGGAGUGGCUAUAGGGGCGGCUAGGGAGGAGGGGCUAUAGGGGCGGCUAGGGAGGAGCGGCUAUAGGGGCGGCUAGGGAGGAGUGGCUAUAGGGGCGGCUAGGGAGGAGUGGCUAUAGGGGCGGCUAGGGAGGAGCGGCUAUAGGGGCUAGGGAGGAGCGGCUAUAGGGGCUAGGGAGGAGCGGCUAUAGGGGCGGCUAGGGAGGAGGGGCUAUAGGGGCGGCUAGGGAGGAGGGGCUAUAGGGGCUAGGGAGGAGUGGCCAUAGGGGCUAGGGAGGAGUGGCCAUAGCGGCUAGGGAGGAGCGGCCAUAGGGGCUAGGGAGGAGGGGCCAUAGGGGCUAGGGAGGAGGGGCUAUAGGGCCUAGGAGGAGGGGCUAUAGGGGCGGCUAGGGAGGAGUGGCUAUAGGGGCGUAGGAGGAGGGGCGGCUAGGGAGGAGCGGCUAUAGGGGCGGCUAGGGAGGAGCGGCUAUAGGGGCGGCUAGGGAGGAGUGGCUAUAGGGGCUAGGGAGGAGUGGCUAUAGGGGCUAGGGAGGAGCGGCUAUAGGGGCGGCUAGGGAGGAGCGGCUAUAGGAGCGGCUAGGGAGGAGCGGCUAUAGGGGCUAGGGAGGAGUGGCUAUAGGGGUGGCUAGGGAGGAGUGGCUAUAGGGGCUAGGGAGGAGUGGCUAUAGGGGCGGCUAGGGAGGAGUGGCUAUAGGGGCGGCUAGGGAGGAGUGGCUAUAGGGGCUAGGGAGGAGUGGCUAUAGGGGCGGCUAGGGAGGAGCGGCUAUAGGGGCUAGGGAGGAGCGGGUAUAGGGGCUAGGGAGGAGCGGCUAUAGGGGCUUGGGAGGAGCGGCUAUAGGGGCGGCUAGGGAGGAGGGGCUAUAGGGGCUAGGGAUGAGCGGCUAUAGGGGGCGGCUAGGGAGGAGUGGCUAUAGGGGCGGCUAGGGAGGAGGGGCUAUAGGGGGCGGCUAGGGAGGAGUGGCUAUAGGGGUGUUGGAGGAGUGGCUAGGGAAUUUGCAGUAGGCCUAUUCAAGCUAGGGUUGAUCUUUAUUGAUUGAUUGAUUGGUCUUUUAAUUAAUCUGUUCUCUGGUCUAUCAUAACCUGCUUUAUAAUGUAAUACACACAAAUAACACCCUUGAGGAGAGGUGUACUGCUGACUAGCAGAACAAAGUCAAAGUCACAUUCUUCUCCAAUUUGGUGGCAAUAAAGUUCACUGCGGUAAAGAUUGAGAGAAGUUUUGGGAGCAUGGAAAUAGAAUGAAUUGAACAGACUUGGAAGCUCUAACCCUGGCAAUUUGGCUGGUAAACUCAUGGAUACACUUGCAAUGGCUGCCUGGUAUUGUAACGCAAUAAUUUUCAAAGUAAUGUAGAAUGUUCAUUUAAAUUGUUAACAAUGUGGCUCAUGCAAUGGAAUGUCUUUUUUUUGUAAUGUCAGUUGAGUUUAAACAAAUCACAGCACAUAUUGAUGUUUACACAUAUGGGUACACUUGCAAUGGCCACUAGUCCAUCCAUUUUGCCAUCAUUGACUUGAAUUGUGACAUCUGUUCUAUUCAUUCUAUUUCUAUGAUUAGGACUCCGAAGAUCAGACAGAACACGGUUUCCUACUGGAGAUCUGAAUGCAGAAUAAAGUCUGCCCCUCUGGAACCUUUGUGUUCUAGAACCAGUGUUCUAUCAGUCCCAGAGAUCUGUCCGUCAGUGUUCUAGAUCUGUUUUAUAUUCAUAUGGUGGAACAAUAACAAUCAUGUUUCUGUAUUCUGUUUUAUGGUAUGUCAAGAAUCUGUACAUAUUGAUGAACUUCAAUUGUUUGGGAUUUUCUGUCUGAAGAUAACUCACUGAUAGAGAUACUCUCUCUGAGAAUAAAGUAUUUCUAUAUUUCACUAUA